UGUUGCAAAAAAGUGCGAUAUACUCUGCUUUGUACGCUUCGCAUAUUCCUUCGCUUGUGCUUUGCGUGAUUCUUCUGUGUGCAUUUUGUGAAAGUUAAUAUACGCUGCUAGAAAAAUUGACCAUCACAAUAGCAGACAACAAUAACUAGAGUCAGUUAAAAAAUAACCAAACCUCAAUGGUUACACUGUACAACGCUAUUGGUUUUGUUGAUGGUACCAGAGAAAACGAAGCAUCCAAGCGCCUUCGUUUGAUGCAUUGAUGAAAAGAAAAAAAUUGUGUUGACUUCGAACCAAAAUCCUAGGAUGGAAGACCCAUUUUUCGUGGUGAAAGACGAAGUAUUCAAAGCAUUGAAUAAAACGCGUGGACUUUAUAUUCGUUGGCGUGAGCUGAACGAUGCACAUUCGGGUGGAUCUACAGCAGAAGCCGACUGGACGACAACUGAACUAAAAAACUCACUCCGCAGCAUUGAGUGGGACUUGGAGGACCUUGAGGACACAAUUAGUAUUGUAGAGAAAAAUCCGGGUAAAUUUAAGAUCGACAACCGGGAGCUUUCCAGCCGGCGCCAUUUCAUCGACGCGACCCGGGAUGAAGUAAAGUCGAUGAAAGAUCGCAUGAGCAUUAGUCGAAAUCGCGACCAGGAUAUAACCGCCCGUCAGCCCCUGCUGGACAACGCCGAGUCGUCUUCGCCGUGCAACAAGAAUUACAUCAACAAUAAUUGCAUCAUAUCAAACGGGAUUGCCGUCAGCUCCGGUACACCCAUCGGUGGUGGCAUACUCAACAAUAACUCGCUCAGUUGCAAUUUGAACAACAACAGUCAGGUGAACAAUCUGAAUCUAGCCGAAACCGGCAAGCAUCUGAUCAGCUCAGCCGGCGCAGCGAUGGCCUCCAGGCACAGUGGGGCCAAGUACUCCAAGCUCGAGAACAACCUCGACGACAGCCCGAGCCACUAUGUGCCGUCGUCGUCGUCAAACGCGGUGCUCGAUGCCAACUCGAGCCGUUUCGUAGAAGACACGCUGGCAACACAGCACCGGAUUUUGGUUGGGCAGGAUGAGCAACUGGACAUAAUAAGUGAUUCCAUCGGUACACUUAAAACCGUCUCCCGCCAAAUAGGGAUUGAGCUGGACGAGCAGGCAGUGAUGCUGGACGAAUUUGGCAAUGAACUGGAGCAAACCGAUUCCAAGCUCGAUGCUACUAUGAAAAAGGUUGCUAAAGUGCUACAUAUGACCAACGAUCGGCGACAGUGGAUGGCGAUCGUGGUCUUAUCCCUGGCGCUUUUAGUUGUGAUAAUUAUUUAUAUUAUUCUUUAAUCUACAACAAACUGUAUCUAACGAAAUUAUUAUAUAAUAACAUAACAUCUUAGAUUAUGAGAAAAGGUAUAGGUAUAGUACGUUUAUCAUAUUGUCCAGAUAUGAAACGUACAAAAACCGGAAGGAGGAGGCUAUUAGAAAAUACAAAGCCAUGUUCUAUUCACGAGGAAUCUGCUACGGCAUCUGAAAUCAAGUAUGUUUUAAAAACCUUUCCUUACGCCAUGGCAGUUAUCCGGAAAAACAACUCAUUCCUUACCAAAAAAAAGAGAUUGCAAUUAUUUUAAACCUUUUUUACUCAGAAACGUCGUAAUAGUAAGGGAUAGAUAAGUUGGUUUUUCUCUAUUCAACCCAUUUUUGAUAGUCGAAAUAUUUAGUUAGUUUAUAAACUUUGGUAGAUUUUUUGUGCAGCGAAUCACUUCUACAAUAACGAUAAUUUUAUCAUAUUUCCUAACGUUUCUAUGCAUGCUACAACGCGUAAAAAGUUAUAGCAGUUAAAAAGACAUUGUAAAUACUAUUCCCUUUUCGUUCUAAGGGCUCAGGUGUGAUAGGGAAUGCAGCGGUCUAAGUUUUUUUUUUUUACUUUCAAACAUGUCACAAGUGAGCAAUGUAAUGGCAGUAUAUUCAAGGGUGGACGAUUUACGUAAAUAUCAAUUUCAUUUUACAGGGAUCUGUUCUAGUCAUUUUGUGAUUUAUAAAUGGAUCACAAAAAUCCUACUGGCCGCUGGGAGUCAGAAAUAUAUAAUGGGUUCGUGUUGCUGGAUACUGUUUCUCCAAAACAGUACAUGUAACUUUUUUCUGCGCAUCUACAUGUUUCUAUGGAGUGCUUAUGUUUACAAAAGUAUAAAGAAUCACAGAUUAAUAACAAUCCAAAUAGUAGAACCACAGGGGAAAACGUA